UAUAUUUUUAUCUCGUCAUUUAGGAUUGUUCUUUAUUUUUCGCUAGUCUACAGCUUACGAUUAUUCAAAACUAUUCGUGCAACCGACAUUGUCAGAUUAAAAAAUAUGGAUAUAUCUUUUGCUGGAAAACGAGCUCUUGUAACUGGGGCUGGAUCGGGUAUAGGACGAGGAGUGGCCGUUCGCUUGUCCAAAGGCGGUGCUAAGGUCGUAGCCCUCGACAUGAAUCUGGAAAGAUUGAUGGAACUAAAACGAGAAUUUCCGUCGAUAGAAACCGUUCACGCGGACUUAAGGAACUGGGAUGCUAGCAAAAAAGUAAUCAAAUCAAGUUUGCCUAUCGACUUGUUGGUGAAUAAUGCUGGGAUAGCUACCAUCGACCGCAUCACUGAGAUUACAGCGGAAAAAUUCGAUAACACAUUCCACGUGAACGUCAGAUCGUUGUUUCUCGUAAGCCAAAUUGUGGUCGAGGAUCUUUUGCAAAGGAAAUCUGCUGGUGCUAUUGUUAACUUGUCUUCCCAAGCUGCUAAGGCAGGUUUUCUACAUCGCACGUUAUAUUGCUCCUCCAAAGGCGCUGUGGACGCUUUCACAAGGGCUCUAGCGAUCGAAGUUGGACCACACAAGAUACGAGUAAACUCGGUCAAUCCGACUGUAGUUUUCACAGAGUUGGGUAAAAGGAUAUGGUCUGACCCGGCGAAAAAGGAAUGGAUGUUGUCUAGAAUACCGCUAAAUAAGUUUGCAGAAAUAAAAGAUGUCGAAGAUGCGAUAGUGUUUUUGUUGAGCGACAAAGCAGCUAUGACUACGGGAAGUUGUCUGCCAAUUGACGGUGGUUUUCUGGCCUCUUAGAAAAAUGCAAGUUAUAUGUUAAUAGUGAAUUCAUAACUCAAAUAGGGUAUGGUAGUCUGUAAAUGUAUGUGCAUAAACUGUAAGCUUCUCUCUUUCUAUAAUAAAACGGAAGAAGAGCAAUCAA